AUUUUCCCAUAAUGCAUGGCUUCCAGCGCGGCGCCCAGCAGUCCAGGCCCGGACUCUAACAAAUAUCUGUUAAACUUUCUCCAAAAUGUCGAAGGCGAGGCGGAAUGGAGGCUGGAUGAAGACCCGGACCGAGACACAAUCGGUCUGCAGAGAUGUUGAGCGGCCUCUUUGAUUCAGCUGCUGUGAUCUUGGUGUUCAAGGCUGCUGAAUACUAAAACAGACUGGGCCAACACAACAGUUCUACUCAAGAAACAUCAAUCCAGCCAGAGCUUCCAAAGCUCCUCAUCAACGCAGCCCUUUUGGGGUUGCUAUGGCAGCUGCUGUCACAGAAACCAAUUGCGGGACACAGGCUUUCCUCAGCAGGGCAGGACAGACCACUAGUCAUUGGCGCAAAAAAACAAACAGUCAACAAACAGCACUUAGCAUUAACUCUAGCACUCAAAGUUAACAAAGCAACCAAAGGUCUGCAGGCUGAUGGUUAGCUGUGUGGUGAAACCUCAUGAGUCUAGUCUGUGUCUGUUCAGGCUCAUGGCAAGAGUCCCUGUGCAGCAGCAGAGCCAGUACUGUUACUAGACCAUGUUCCACCAGCAGGACAAUCUGAAGAGCCAUCUGCAGGAAAGCCACCCAGCCAGCAGGCAGCUCUUUCACUGCCAGGAGUGUGGGAAGCAGUACAACACUCAGCUGGGUUAUCGACGCCACCUGGUGGCAGCCCACAGUACUGCAACAGGCCUGCCUUGUCCAGAGGGGGCACCGUCCCUCCUCGGGCAACUAGGCGGCCAUACAGAAAGGCCUCCACCCUCAGAGGGUAACAUUAACGCUGCUGUGUCAGUGAGAGAGAGGAAAUACUCGUGUGAGCGAUGUGACCGUCGGUUUUAUACUCGUAAAGAUGUUCGACGUCAUGCUGUGGUACACACUGGGCGCCGUGAUUUCCUCUGCCCACGCUGUGAACAACGCUUUGGCCGCAGAGACCACCUGACCCGCCACUUGAAGAAAAGCCAUGCCCAGGAGUCGGGGUUGAUGCCAUCAUGUACUCCAGGUACUCCUUUGGCUACACCCACUGCUGCCAACCAGUGCCCAUUGAAGGAGCCCAGCCCUGUUACCUCUGAGAUGGGCUCCAUCUCCAAGGAGCCCAUGGAGAUAUUCCCAAGGGACAUGUACAACUCUUAUCCUAUGACCAAUGCUGUCCCCGGGAUGGGCCACCCUCAUGGCCUCAUGCAAGGUUCCUUAUCCUCAAGCAUGGGUGCAGGACGCCACAUUCCCCCCCAGUCUUCACACUCUCACCUCCAUCACUUGCAGCCCCCUGCAGCUCCACAGCAGCAGCCCUACAGCAACAUGGCCAGGUACCAGCAUGGAUCUACCUCAUAUCCUCGUGCCGACGUGGACAGUUUCCUGCUGGACCUUCAGAGUGUCCCUCCACCACACCUGAGUGCAGUUAACCCCUCUACCUCUACUUCUGCCUCACCCCAGAGGGAGGUGCUGGGUGAAGGGGUGGCUUCUGGUGGCGACCCCCACCUACUGUGCCGGAGCCCUGCUGUAUCUUCAGCCGAGUUGUCCUGUACCACCAACAUGGAUCUCGGGCCUCUGCUGGGGUUUUUGCCUUUCAGCCUGCCGCCCUACAGCCCUCACAUGGGGAUGGGAGGGUUAGUGAUGAGCUAUCCACCUGCCACCACAACCACUUCCUCUCCAUCCUCUUCCACUGGGCUGUCCUCACAGGCCCCAGGCCCUUUCUCUUUCUUCCAGCCUCCCCAGGCUCAUGUACCCCAGGGCCCUGGAGCCCACAACCACAGCCAACUACCUCAGGCAUACAGUAGUCCUACUAUGAGCACUUCAAGCUCCCUACCUCACUACUACCAGGCCUUUCAGCAGUAAGCAGCUCUGUCCCCACAAACGUUGCCUUUGUCAUGCUCAUGGAUUUUUCAUGCAAAGGGUAAAACAUGAGAUCAGCAUUUUUAUUGUAAAACACGUGAAACUUUCAUCUGCCAGUGCUUAUGAUGCUAAUCUUUGUAGUUUUUUUUUUUUGUUGAACACAACAAAUCACCUCGUCAGUAUUACCUCAUUAUUUAAAAGGAAGCUUGAACAUUUGAAGAAAUGUGAUGAUCUCACUACAAUCAAAACGGAGAACCUCUCUUGGUCAGAUCUAUUACCAACAGUGGAGCACUUGAAACACUUCUUACAGGUGCUGCACAGUGCUAAAUUGUUCAGUUUUAGAUUAUCAAAAAAAAUAGGUGAUGUUAAGAAAUAUUUUAACCAAUUUAUGUUAAAGAAAAUGUCCUACCUUAUUGAAGCUGAUUUGAGAUUUUCUAAUAUUUUAGAUUGCGGUAUAGAUAGCCUUAGGUGGAGAGACAAAAUUGUCUUGGAAGUUCUCAUUUGAAGUAAACUCCGGAGCACUGUUUGCAUAUGAUUCUAAGAAAUGCAAAGCCAUUUCCCAGCCAAUAAUUACAGCAUUACACCAACCAUCAAAGUGCAUCAGCAGAUUAACCAUUAUUUCAAGUGGCAUAACUAAUAUUUAGGUUAGUAUGAGGCCAUGCAGUCACUAUGUUGGCAGUUAUCCGUAACUGUAAAUCAGUUACUCUUUAUAAAAAAAAAAAUUAACAGAGCGGCUCUUACAGCUGGAAUUUUUUUAUUUGAGCCCUGUGGGGUGUUAUUAGAUGGAGUUAUCUGAGGUGAGGCCUGUUAUAACAAUUUUUGGAUGAUAUAUUGUCUCAGAAAUUAUGGAAAACAUUGAUAAUAUUCUCCUAAUUUGGACUCUUUUAUACCACUGAUAUGUCUUAAUAAUUGCAUAAUAAUACAAUUACACCUUUUUUAAUUAGAAUUAAAGAUAUUAAAAUACCCAUAAUAAAUAAAAUGGAUAAAAGAAAAUAAUUAAAAUGAGCUUUGUUAACAAAAAUUGCUCUUGAAUCAACAUUAAGCACAGGAUAUGUAUUACCAGCUUGGUUAACUGGAUUGGAUGGUUACGAUUUAGAUGAGCUUUUCUAUUGUUUAAGGUUAGUAUUCUAGCAUUUCCUUUUAGAAUUGUGUGCGUUUUUGUCUCCUUGUCUCUGUUUAUCUUCACACACAAACUGAUGGUGACAUUUAUUUAGUUAUUAAUUGAUGGUUUUGGAUCAGGAAUCAGGAUAGUUGCGGCUGUGUGUCGCAGGUCAAAUGAAUGCGCACUAAAUCUUGAGACUAUUUUUGAAAGUGUUUAAAUGCAUGCCUUAUGAAUCAAACAAAUGGACAUUUUAAUUGUACAUUUCCUAAUAACUUUUUGAUUUGUGUUGGUUUUUAUUGUGAGAAAGUCUAAGUGGCCGAGACUAGCGGGGGAGUGGGUUCCAACAACCCAACAGCUCUAAUCCUGAAGCAGUGGUGGUAAUAAUGAACGUAGUGGAAACCCUGUAUUCCCAUUUGUUGCCACUAUUUCUAAACAAACCCAAAAUAUUUUAUCUUGAACUCAUGUCUGGUCUGCUGUACGUGUUUGAUCUGUGUGAGUGGGGGUGGGGCCAGCGCGCGGCAUCCGUGUCUUAGUGACUGUAAACGCUCCCAGACACGAGAGGAGACACUUAUGUAUACAAACACGCAUGUAAAGACAAUGGGAAAUUUAUCAAGGUCUAAAAAAACUAUUGACUACAUGUUAAUAUAUUGUAUUAUACGUCGCUAUGGUAAUUAUCGUGAGGUCACAGCAGCAUAAUAACAAAAACUAAUGUGACAUAGAUACUUUAUCAUUUUUGCUAUAUUAUUUAGCAUCACUAUAUUGAAAUGCACUUACCUUUCAUUUUCAACAGUGCACAUUAUAGGUCAAAGCUGUCACUUAAGACAGAAAGCUGCUGUCUAGAUUUUUUUAAUACCUUUUCAAGUUCUGACUUUUUUAGACAGAGCAUGUGACACGAUGGGUACCAUUCAGGUAGACGUGUUAUGUAGAGUAAAUGCUCCUGAACCCCAUACACUGUAUUAACUGACUUAGAAUAGUGCUGGUUUUGAGACUUUGACAGACUUCAACUGGACACGAGUGGGUGAACCAGUUUGAAAUUCCUGCCAGCUUUGUAAUUGCUGUGGCUUACAUCCUCAUCUAUUUCUUUCCUCCUGUGAUGCCCUCUGCCUCUCUUGUGCCUCUCUGCCCGUGCAGGGCCUCAGAAGCAGUAGCUGUAAUUAUCCUUAAACAUCCGACCGCUGUAAACAUGUUGAGUUAUUGGCACAGUGCCAACUAUGUCACUGGUCUCGGGGUUGCUUCCUUUCCCUUUUUAAUAGAUAAAUCUCACACAUCCAACACUCAGGUGCUCAUUCAAUGUUAUACGUUAAAAUUACUAUCGCUCUUGGCAGUAGGAAUUAGUAGAAACUUUUAAGGGUGAGAUAAAUGUAUGUCAUACUAGCUUAAAGUAGCAAAAUAAUUGUUUUGAUUACCUUAGUGACUGAGUAUCCAUGUUCACGACCUGAGACACUAAGACGAUACAUGUAAACAUCUCUACACUUUUCUGCAGUGAAAAGGUCUAACCAUUGGUUGCAGAGCAGCUUAUGUGCAAAGUCAUACAACUCAGCAACACAUGCAGAUGUGUCUGGUUGGUUGAUUGUCUUCCUGUCAGGAAACAGGCUAGAAGCAGAAUAAAGCAAAUGGAGAUCGAAAUGUACUAGAGACAAAUAUUAAAGGAACACACAAGUAUUUGCAAUGCAUGUUUUAUCACAUGCAACCUGGGAAUAUGUAAUUACGGUUUCAGUACGAUCAUCUCUUGAGCUUAAGUAGAGAGAUAUUUGAGUCUUUACAGUAGAUUGAAUUUAUGACAGAAAAUCACAUGUGUAUCGAAGAACCCACAGCUGUGAGCCUGCUGGAUCUCUUGACCCAUGUGUAACUGGGUUUUGGUACCCCUUGUGUAUGGCUGUGCACUUCCGUUGUUGGGCUUUGCUAGGACCAAUGAGUUACUUUUGGAGUAAGAACAUUUUGUGUGGUCCCCACAACUUGAAGUGGCUGUUUGAUGGUUAUGAGUUGGUUAAAUGUUUUGGUUAUUAUCAGUUUUAGGUUAGGUUAAAGGGAUAGUUCACCCAGUAAUGAAAAUUCACUUAUUAUCUACUCAGCCCUAUGCCUAUUGGGGGAGGUUGAAGUGUUUGAGUCAACAAAACACUUUUGGAGUUUCAGGGGUAAGCAGUGUAGCUGAUAAGUCUCCUAUCUUCAGACGUGAUAAAAGACUGAAAAACCAUAACAUACCUCCAUACUGCUCGUGUGGUGACAUUCAAGUGUCUGCAAGCCCCGACUUUCAUAUUCGACCUCGAAAUGAGGUCAUUAACAUCCUGUUUUAAGCCUUAAAGUCCACAGGAAGUGUAAUGGUUUUUAUUUUUUAUUACAUCUGAAGGACUCACUAUUGACUUCACUUGUAUUGGAUUCUGCUCUAAAAAGUUUACCCCUGAGACUCAAGAAGUGUUUUGUGGAAUCAAACGAUUCACCCACCCCUCCAUCACCAUAGUGGUGAGUGGAUAAUGAGUGAAUUUUCAUUUUUAGAUGAAAUAUCCCUUUAAGGGGUGAGGGCAUUUAUAAUGUCAAAGCUUUCCUCACAAAGAUAUAUAUACAUAAGUGUGAGUGUUUGUGUCUGCAACUGUUUGACAUGCUUUUACCAGUUCCUAUUGCACACAAUAUAGAUACAAAAGAAAUUUCAGUCCUGUGUCAUUGUAAGGAAGGCAAAUGCACUUUGUGAUAUAUGUAUCAGUAUUUGUGUCUGAGGCAGAGAUCAUCCCUGUCCCACAUUUCCACAUUUUCAUAGUGGAAGAAGGCAACCCUAGUGACAGUACAUAAGCAGGGGUCAUUGGAAGGUCAUCGUGUCAAUGUUUUGUUCUUUUCAAAGUGUACCACAUAAUCGAAGCAGGUUGUAAUUUUGCUCAGAUUUAGCAUGGUUUGAAUCUCUGACUUUACUAUAGAAAGCUGCAUAUAUUCUACAAAGGUCUUCCAGAGCACUUGUUUUCUUACCUUUUCUGAUGUCACCCAUUAUUCCAAGGUUGGGUUGUUGGAUCGAAGAGCUUCUGAUGUUCUGAGAGAGAAAGGUAACUCUUCCUGGUCUUAUCUGUGUAGAGGAUCAAGAUCCAGAGAAGCAUCAGUUAGGGAGCAGCUGGUCUGUUGAGAAUCAGGUCUCCUUUUAACAGUCGCACUGUAGCAUGGCAAGAAUAUUGUAACCAGCAACCUUCCAAAUGGAUCCUACACUCAUGAAAAUUAUUAUGUAGUGGAGAUGUAGGAGCCCCCCAGCCGGACGUUGCGAGUGAUUGAUGUGAUAUCGGAAAAGAUAUUUAGGGAGAGAAAUGGUCGGAUGAUGCUCUAUUGUCUGCCUUAAUUCCACAAACUGCAUAUUGAAGGACCUCUACAAUUUCAAUUGUAAUAAGCCUCAUUGUUGCACCAAUGUCUUAAAAUGCUACUGUUGUGCCUCUAAAGAGUUUCUAAUCUCUUGACUGGGUUUAAGCACUUAUGACAUUUAAAAAAGAUUAAUUUGAUCUGUACCUCAAACAUGCAGUUUGUUAUUGUAUUUGCUUGUAGUUUGUUUGGCUCUUGUGCCGUUAGAUACAAAUUCUAAAGGUAGAUUUUAUGAAUCUAAACUCUUUUAUCUAGUGGCAGACAUUGACAUUAUAAUUCAGUCGAACUUUCUACCUCUACUUUUUCAUAUAUCUUUCUAUAAAAUCAUUAGAGAUAGUUUUUACCUGUAACAGUUAGGUAGUUAAUACCAGCGGUGAAGGGGGAUAUGUUAAAAAAUCUACUUUGACGGACCGGAUACACAUUUAUAUCUCAGUGUGUUCCACACAUAGUUCUCUGUACUUGCCUUUUAAUGAUAUUUCUACUUAUGUACUACCUCAGAGAAGAGACAGGUGACUGUCCAUCUUAACUGCAGAGAAAAUGAGUGUAAAGUAAUAUUUGUCAGAACAAGCACAUGAACUUGAUAGCUCAAUAGAUCUACUUAGUGUAGCUCACAUCAGAAUGUCUAGUUUAACGAGUGCUACAUUAUGUGUUGCAUCACAUUACAUUUGUUGGGUUAUUAAGCUGUGUCUCUGCCUCUUCUGUCUGGAAUGUUUACUGUGUCAAAGAAUAGGGGCCUCAGUCGAACGGUAUUCCACAGCUUUGGACCUACAGAUACCCACUCAUAGCACUACACCAGAAAGCAGCACCUCUUACCAUUUGUGAUACAUUUCAUCAAGAACAAUGUUGAAAACUGUCUCUUUACUGCUUCUCCAGUGUAAGUGUUUGCUGUAUAAUUGCUUGAAAACCUUUUGGUUUGUCUACUUAUCAAUCAAAAGGGGCAGUUUGAACACAUCAGGAUGGGCUUAGGAAAUGCUUUUGGGACAAUUGUCCUUAUUGUCCAACAAUUUAUAGAAUGAACAGUUAAUGAAGCGCUUGCAAAAACAACCUACACUCUCCCUCUCACUUGCUGGGGGCGUUGGCAGGUAAUCACAAAUGCUAGGUCGUCUGAUUACUAGUGGCAUAGAGACGAUCAGUUUGGAUAGCUCCGCUUUUGUAGUAGACCACACAGGAGAUAUAUAUGACUUGGACCUUGAAUCAUUAAAAUGUUACAUUAUUGGAUUGGUUCAUUUAUCCUGUUGCUGUGUAGCUGAUGACAUGUUUGAAGAUGGGACAGUGUGUUUGUACAGUUACACAAAGUCAAGCAUUCUCGACAAUGUGGAUAGAACAUAGCGCCAGGUUUCAUUUCACUACAUCAUGUUGACUGCUUUUAGGUUGGCUCUGAGAACCACCAGAUUCAGGUUACUUUAAUUUGAACUCUGACAUGUUUUACUAUAGGUGUUUGUUUUAUCACUUUAUAGACUAGAAAACUGUGAAAAUGGAGUUGUCAUUUUUUUUGUAUUAUCUGAAUACAAAGUAAUACAAAAUAAAUAAAUAUUUAGAUUUC